AUGACAAAUGAAGAAGUGAAUUGCCUCGACGGAAAAUGUCUCCAAGAGAAGAUUGUCUUCCCACCAUUGCCACCAUUUCCACCAUUGCCACCAGGGGUUUGCAAAGAAGCUAAAGAUUGCAUCAAGUAUUGUCCUAAGAAAUGCAAGCCUGGAACCUGUGUUUGUAAGUGUACUGGUGGAAUUGGAAGCUGUACUUGUACAUGCUAA